AUGGAGCGCAUUUACGGCACUACAUGGCAUGCCUUUUCAACAUGGUGCAGCUCCAGGGGCCACGAUCUGGUUCGAGCCAUAAUUCUGCAGGUUCUGGACUUCCUUCAGGUGGGCCUGGACAGAGGGUUAGCUCCCAAUAAGAUUAGGAGACAGAUCUUGGCCAUCUCAUCGGUACUUCUGUGUGAUAGGUCUCAGACCUUGACUCACCACCUUAUGGUCAGGCGAUUCUUCAAGGGGGCAUCCAAUCUUAAGCCACAUACGGUACACAGGUACCCCUCCUGGGACUUGCAUAAGGUGUUGGACGCUCUGACAGGCUCUCCUUUCGAACCCUUGCGAACUGUGUCUCUUAAGUUUUUAACUCUUAAAGUGGCCUUUCUGGUGGCCAUCACCUCAGCCAGGCGGAUAUGCGAACUACAGGCUCUAUCGGCCAGGGAGGAUUUCUGUGUGUUCCACCAGGACAGGGUGGUACUAAGUUUAUGUAUGGAGUGGGGAGAGGCGGCAGUUCGCUGCCUGCCCAGUUCCCUUGUAGCUCGUUGCCUCGAUCUGAUAUUUGAAUUGUCCUUGGUCGCUGCUAGCUCUAAAGUUUUCUGGCUGCAGGCUAUUGCAGCCUUGCAAGCUAAGGCCACUACUCACAUGGGAGAGGUAGCUUCCAAGGACAGUUCGGCUGUAGGCCUUGACACUACUGAGCGCCUCUAUGCUGAACCAGUCUCCUUGCAGGAGGUGAUUCCUUCACCAAAGCUCUUCAUGGAUCUCAUUCAGAAACAAAGACGGUUCAUCAGGUGCCCCAUACCCAGGUGCUCAGUAAAGCAGCGCCUCAUGGACACCGAGAUACAUCAUCUCAUCUCCAUCAAUGCAAUAGAACAGGUUCCCAAAGGGCAGGAAGGUCUAGGAUUUUACGCCAUUCUAUUUCUGGUACCCAAAAACUCAGUAGGAUGGCGAGCCAUUCUGGAUCUAAAAAGACUCAAUUGGUACAUCAAGUAUCAGAGGUUCAAAAUGCAGUCGUUAAAGAGCAUCCUGUCAUCCAUCCGCCAAGGCGACUUGAUGACAUCAGUCGACAUCAAGGAGGCGUACCUCCAUGUGCCCAUUCAUCCGGCUCAUCGGCGGUUCCUGCGUUUGCACUUUGCGGGCCGUCAUUUCCAGUACCAGGCCUUGCCUUUCAGCCCUUCAUCGGUGCCCCGCACCUUCACCAAGCUCCUGGCGGAAGUGGCGGCCUCUCUUCGUUCGGUUCCGGUGAGGGUGAAUUGCUAUUUAGAUGACAUCUUGGUCCUGUCACCAUCCCGGGACAAGGCCCUAUGGGAUCUUCAAGUAACGAUGGACUCCCUGCGGGGGCACGGGUUCAUGCUGAAUCUUCCCAAGAGCCAUCUGCAGCCAACUACAUCGCUGCUUCACUUAGGGACCAUCAUCAAUUCCGCCACUUGUGAAGUUUUCCUGUCCCUGGAGAGGUGUCAGAGCAUCCAGCGGCUGGCAUCUCAAGUGUCAGCCUUGCGUCUUGUGCCCCUGGCUUUACUCUCUCAGCUGUUAGGGAAGAUGAUUUCUUGCAUCGACAUCGUUCCCUGGGCCAGGUUUCACGCACGACCACUCCAAUGGUUCUUGCUUCCUUAUCAGAGAUCUCACACCAGUCAUUCUCAGCUCAAGUUCCACCCGUUUCUCAAGAAGAAUGAACUGUGCAAUCUUUCCCUGUUGAAACUAUAUUUGGAUGAAAAUGGAGAUGUAACUGCAGAUCUGAACCUCAUAAGUUGGGUAGUUCUCCCCAGGGUGAAUCCUAUCCAAGAGCAACUGGGGAGCUUUGAAAGACAGAGACUUAUUAUCAACCAAGAUCAUCUGUUGCAGCUAAAGUUGCUAAAUAUUGGCUAUAAUAGCCGUGACAACUAUUUGAACACACUUGGCACUUCAGAUGCCUUGUUGGACAUGCUGUCAACUGGAGAAGCCAAUGUUCCCAACUACAGCUGUGGAAAGAAGGACAACCUUUUGGUUUUUCUUGAUGCAGCCUACAGGGACAUCUCCAUCCAGAUGUCAACAUCAAUAGGCACCUACAAAGUCCCACAGAUCAGUUAUGCAACUGCUUCAGUGGCUCUUAGUGAUAAAAGGGAAUUCCCAUUUUUCCACCGGAUGAUCCCCAAAGAAGGGAUCCAGUACCCAGGAAUUGUACAACUGCUCACCCAUUUUGGUUGGAUCUUGAUUGGUCUAUUUGCUUCAGACACAGAAGAGGGAGAGAAUUUUAUGAGGACUUUUACUCCUAUGCUUUUCCAUACCUUUCUGAAGAAGAAUGAGUUUUGCAAUUUUUCCCAGUUUCAACUGUACUUGGACCACAAUGGAGAUGUAGCAGCAGAUCUGGACAUUUUGAGUUUGUUGGUUUUCUCCAAGAAGGAUUCCAUAAAAGAACACCUGGGGAGUUUUGAAAGACAGGGACUUAUUAUCAACCAAAAUGCUCUUUCACGGCUGAAGUUGCUCAACAAGACUCUUCCUCAGUCCAAAUGUGUGGAAAAAUGUCAUCCUGGAUUUGUCAAGCAGGCUCGAGAAGGAGAGCCAGUUUGCUGCUGUGAUUGUGUUCCUUGUCCAGAGGGGACCAUCUCUACUCAGGAAGAUACUGAAAAAUGUACCAAGUGCCCAGAUGAUCAAUAUCCAAAGAAGAGAAUCCAAUGUAUCCCAAAAGUUAUAACCUUCCUCACUUAUGAAGAACAUCUGGGCAUCAUUCUGGUCUCUUUCGCCACACUUUUGUUCCUAUCCACAGGCCUUGUUUUAAUCAUAUUCAUUCAAUACCGAGAAUCUCCCAUUGUCAAAGCCAACAACCGGGACAUCUCCUACAUCCUCAUUGUCUCCCUCUUGUUCUGUUCUUUGUCUGCCUUUCUUUUCAUUGGACAACCAAGAAAAGCCACCUGCUUUCUCCAACAAACAGUGUUCAGCAUUGUCUUCUCAGUAGCUGUGUCUUCUGUUUUGGCCAAAACAAUCACAGUGGUGCUGGCAUUUCUGGCCACAAAACCAGGAAACCGAGUUAAGAGAUGGUUGGGGAAAAGCUUGGCCAACUCCAUCAUACUUUCUUGUUCUGCUUCAAGAAUGCUACGCUUCAUUUUCGCUAUUCAAGUAGUCAAUAACAAUCAUCAGAUUCUGCACAAUCUCACACUUGGCUACAAUUGCCGUGACAACUAUUCGAACACACUUGGCACUUCAGAUGCCUUGUUGGACAUGCUGUCAACUGGAGAAGCCAAUGUUCCCAACUACAGUUGUGGAAAGAAGGACAACCUUUUGGCUCUUCUUGAUGCAGCUUACAGGGACAUCUCCAUCCAGAUGUCAAAAUCAAUAGCCACCUACAAAGUCCCACAGUUCCAUACCUUCCUGAAGAAGAAUGAAUUUUGCAAUUUUUCCCAGUUUCAACUGUACUUGGACCAAAAUGGAGAUGUAGCAACAGAUCUGGACAUUUUGAGUUGGUUGGUUUUCUCCAAAAAGGAUUCCAUCAAAGAACACCUGGGGAGUUUUGAAAGACAGAGUCUUAUUAUCAACCAAAAUGCUUCUUCACGGCUGAAGUUGCUCAACAAGGACCUUAUCUUAUUUUGUGAAAGAGACUCAAAACCAAAUUUACCGUUUGAUCAGUCAAGAUUGCUAAAUUUCAUUUUCGCUACUCAAGUAGUCAAUAAGAAUCAUCAGAUUCUGCACAAUCUCACACUUGGCUACAAUUGCCGUGACAACUAUUCGAACACACUUGGCACUUCAGAUGCCUUGUUGGACAUGCUGUCAACUGGAGAAGCCAAUGUUCCCAACUACAGUUGUGGAAAGAAGGACAACCUUUUGGCUCUUCUUGAUGCAGCUUACAGGGACAUCUCCAUCCAGAUGUCAACAUCAAUCGGCACCUACAAAGUCCCACAGGCCUUAGCCCAACUUCAGGUUGUGUGCCAGUUACACCACUUCCUGGACAGGGAGGACCUCCACUCAGUGACUCAUGCCCUGGUCAUCUUCCAAUUGGACUAUUGCAACAUGCUCUAUAUGGAGCUACUAUUGAAAAGUAUCUGGAGGCUUCUCCUGGUGGAGAGUGCAGCCUUGUGA